UGUGGAAUGGCGUCAAUGUUUCGUGUUACGUUUCUGCUUUUGUUUAUUUAUUUAGGUGUUGACUCUGUCUUAAGUAAAAGGUCUAAACAGGAAGGAAAGAAUAAAGAAAGUGACAUACGACAUUUGCUUCGAGACAUCAAUGAAAUCGGUAAAAGCAUCGAUAACAACAGCAUAAAAAGUGACUUAUGGAUUGUUGGAACAUACAUAGCUGCCCACAAGUAUUUUGGAGCAGAUUUUCGAUACCUUACAGGAAACAUACGACCAAGUGAUCAAGUUUUCUACAAAAAGUUUCCAUCACCGACACUAAGGAGUUACCAUCAAAGUGUAUCAAAGGCUUGUGAAUCCUCGGCAAUGGAAUGUGUGAAAGAGAUCCUUCUAAAAGCUAGAAGUUCCGGUUCACUACAACACAUCAUGAAAACUGCAGAAGAACUUCCAUCCUUUGCACCAUUCAAAAACAAUUAUGAAGAAUUUAAAUACCGCCAAACUGCUAUGUAUUAUUUAUGUUGGCAUACUCAGUUGGAGGACAGUUUUCUUGAAUUUAAAACAGGUAAACAGUCGUGUCUUUCUCAUUUAAAUGCCGUUGAUGAAGUACCAGCGGAGAAACGUUACAAACUGGUGAAAAACAACGAUCCUGUGAUUCAGGAUAUUCGAGACGCUGAAUUUAAGAAAGACCCAUUUACGUGUGCACGUCUGUGGUUCUGUCCAGAUCCUUGUUAUGGAAGAUACGACAGAGGUAACUUCGAAAAAAGAAAUUAUAAGGUUAAGGGUAACCCUUGCUUAAAAUUACCAAACAAAGAAUGCAAAUGGAAAGCUGGAGCAAAUGAAAAUUUCAAUGACCUUAUACGGAACAGAUUUAAUAUUACAUGUGACUGUGCGUCCGAUCGUAAGGGUUUCAGCUGGAACAGUAGAUUUGGAAUAUGUGUGGACACAGAUGAAUGUUUCGAAAGGAAAUCAAAUUGCCCUGAAAAUCGAAUGUGCAAGAACACCGUUGGGUCUUACACGUGCACUUGUCCUAGAGGUUAUGACGUCAAUCCUAAAACAGGCGAGUGUGAAAGAAUGUUAACCUUGCACGAGUCGGCAACAAUGUUGAAAUACAAACAGUUCAAAGCAAAUACCGAAAAAGAAAAGGAAAAAGAUUUUAUAACGGAGAUGAUGGAUUUUGUAGGUUUAUCUGCUGGCAAUAGACUGGGUUACACUAUAAACCUUGGUUUGCCGUUGUUAUCACUGAUGUUUGUUCGUUAUUGUUUAUAGACCAAAAGAUGGUAUGACGCCGCGCACGAUAUUUGGGAACAUGACGUAACGUCAAACCUUGAUUCAGUGAAAAUACAAAAACUGAAAUGAACAGUAGUUUUAUUGAUAUUUUGCUUAAGAAUAUGUAAUAAUGGCUACCACAUUUUAAUUCUUUAUAACAAUCGACAAACGUUUUAUUUUCAGUUUGAAUGUACAGUGCUAUUACGUUUAAAGUAACUAUUUACUUAUUGUCAAAGAAAUAUCAGAUCAUAUUAACCUUCAAUACUUAAAAAUAACGGUUACUUAUAUUUUACGUUAUCACAUAACUUGGCUGUUAUUUUGUUUUUCAUAGCGUCUGGCUGCAUUCAAAUACAUAUUGAAAUAAAGACGCCAUUCACUCAAAUGUGUUUGAAUUCAACAUAAAAAGUAAGACAGUUUCAGCCUCUUAAAAAAUAGUUCCUAUCAUUGUUACGUUACUCGUCAUGCCGACAACAGGAAUAGCUAUUUUCGCAAUAAAAUUCUUUUGCUAAUAUUUGCCGAUUCAAUUUCAUGAAGAUGAUUCUUUUUAGUGUGUGAAGGUAUACAGUGCAUAAAAAGCAAAAUCUUAAUUUGUACUUAAUGAGAUAUAUUAUAUCCAUACCAACAUGUUAUCAGGAAUUAUUACCUAGAUCUACAUCUUUGAAGAUUAUCUGUUUUGCGUGUGCGUCGCUUUGACGUUUGACGCUAUGACGUGAUAAUUGUGACGUAUAUACUAAGUGUGUUGCAUAUUCUAAAACUUUUAAGAUUUUAUUUUAUAUAAAAAAGAAGGAUUUUACCGUGUAUUAUCUUGUUGAUCCAAAAACGUUUCGCAAAAUGACCUGCUUUUGUCUGUUCCGGUUAACUCCGUCCAUUUACGCCUAAAAAGGGAUUACCGAUUUCCUUUCUGGUGUAAUUCGAACGUGUUAAAAUGGAAAUAGAUUUUAGUUUUGAGUGCUUUGUUGGCAAAUAAAACAUGUUGUUUUUUUUGCGUUCAAAUGCAUUUGUUGUCUUUUCAUUCUAAUUACUUUUCUUUUGUACUAAAUCAAAGAGCUAUAAAAAUAUUUUAUACUUCUUUGACUAAAUACAGUGCUGGUUAUUCAUUUAACAUUUAUUUAUUUAUUUAUUUUUAUCAAUAGGUAAGUAUUUAAAAUAUUUAUCUAAUUUAUUAUUUUAUUUUUAUUAAGUACAGUGCUGGUUUAAAGUAAUUUAAUAAUUAUUUAUUAAUGUUUUAUCAAUAGAUAAGUAUAUAGAUAGUUUUGUUAAUUUUCUUUCUAUUUACUUUUAUAAGUGCUCAGUGAGUAAGCAAGAAUCUCACUCUUAUCAAUAAAUUUCUAUUUUUGUAAUCUGUAAGUUUGUGCAAUAGCUCUGAUCUCUUUCAAGUAUAAUCAUGCAUAAUAAUGCUCAAAUUUUAUCAGUAUUUAUUAUAUUAGAAUUAAUAAUUUAAGCGCUCUGUGAUAGUUACAUUCCUCUAUGCAGAAUGAUAUAUUUAUCAUAAUUAUUACAUGAUUUUCCCAUGGUACUGCCACCAAUACCAAGGACCACAAUGGAAGUAAUUGAAAAUCACUUUUCACUUUUUUGUGUUAUCCUUGGUAUUGGUGUGCAUGUCAGGGUCUUUAACAUGUGUAUAUAAUUCUGCUAUUAACUUUGCUGAUAUUUAUGCAUUUUGUUAUUGCAAUGCCAUGUUACUUGUCACCUAAAUAAACUUACUUACUUUCUUAUAUUAAUCAUUCAGGUCUUUAAAUUCGGCCUUCGUGAUUAGAUUACUACGCAUCUGAACUCAAAAUCGUGUUUUAUUUAUCAACAAAGCACGCAAAACUAAAACCUAUUUCAAUCUGGUCGUGUUAGAAUAAUUCUUAUCUUAGAUAAUCGAUUUUCUGUAUCGUAAUAAAAAACAACCAAUACGUUCAUUCUACCGUCACUGUAUUUAUACCUUCCACCAUAGGCGCC